UCUGAACACUUCGAUGCCAUUAUUUUGAAAGUUAACCGGAAAUUCCAUCUAAAAGCAACCGGAAUCACCGAUUUAUAGCAAUGAACUGGAAUACUGCCCUCUUGUGGCCUCUCCGAGCACACAUGAAAAAGGCGUUAAAAAGAUGUGAAAAUUUUAUUUCGUUGAACCAAAAAUGUUUCAUGGUGUUGAGAAACGAAACCUAUAAAAAUAAAAAAGUGUACCUAUUAGCUGCAAAUGUCAUGUUCCUGUUCCACGGCUGUGUUUGUCAGACGUACAGACACCUCCAAGCCUCGAGUAAAAGUGAAACCGAAAGAAAACCACGGACUACAUGCACAGACACACGCCUUAACGUCAACCUGACAUCCUCUGAGUGAAGAUGGGGGGCGUGGCCUUGCCUGGACUGCUGGUGGUUCUCCUGGAUGUUGUCCUGACCUCCUGUCUCUGGUUUUCCCUCUUCGUGCUGGAGUUCUCCAGCUGCGGUGGGCUGGUCGGAGCGUGGGCCUCCGGGGCAGCGCGGUGGGCCCUCCUCCACGCGUUUGCCACUUUGCUGACGGAUGGAGAGCCCCAUGGCGUGCUCCACCGGUUCGUGGCGCUCCACUGCCUCCUCACCCCCGUGUAUGAAACGGGACUCUUCCUGGGGGCGCCCGCCUCAGAGGCGUACAUGGGGCCGUUCCCUGACGUCGGCGCGCUGCUGUUAGGGUCGGCGUCCUCCGCUUUGGCCUGUGCAGUUUGGGAAAUCGGACUAUGCGGAGAGAAAAAGAAAACGAAGGGAAGCGCUAACUUGGAUGCUAAGAAGCUGCUGCUGAGAGUAUUAACUUACUUCAAACCAGACUCACUUUACCUGAUCGCUGCUUUCACUUUCCUCAUUUUAGGAGUCGUCUGUGACACCUACAUCCCUUUGUAUGAAGGGAAGCUGAUCGAUAUGAUCAGCGGUGAGGGUCGUCAGACUCACUUUGCUUCUGCAGUUGGACUCCUGAUCCUUUUUUCUGUUGGAAGCUCGCUCUUCUCCGGUCUCCGAGGAGGCAUCUUCAUGUGCUCCUUGGCCAGGCUAAACAAGAGGCUGAAGCACCUCCUGUUUCACAGCCUCCUCCAGCAGGAGAUGCACUUCUUUGAGGAGAACAAACCAGGGCGUCUUUCCUCCCGCCUGCACAGCGACGUUGAUCGGAUGGGCCGGACCGUGGCGUUGAACGCUAACGUAGCCGUUCGCAGCACGGUGAAAACCUGCCUCAUGCUCAGAGUGAUGCUGGGGCUGUCCUGGGAGCUCACGCUGCUCACCUGCAUAGAGAUGCCUCUUCUGGCCGUGUUACAAAACAAGUACAUCACCUUGAAUAAGGAGCUGAAGGAUCAGACCCAGGAAUGCCACGCUGAUAUCAAAGACUUGGCGUCCCAGACGAUCGGUGGAAUCCGAACAGUGCGAACGUUCAGGGCGGAGAAAGAGGAGCUGAGGCGGUAUCAUGCAUGUCUGGAGCAGCUGCGUUCCAUCAAGAGACGCUCAGGCGUGUACGGUGCCGUGUAUCUCCUGUGUCGGAGGAUGGUGACUCUGGGAAUCAAACUCAUCAUGCUGACUCAGGCUCGCAGUCUCAUCUCCUCCGGCCAGCUCAGCAUCGGGAGUCUGUUGACCUUCUUCUUGUACCAGAAGCCCAUGUCGGUCAACUUAAGGGAGAUUAUGUUUUGCUAUGGAGAGACAAUGUCCACAGUUGGGGUCAUUGCCACAGUGCUGAGUUAUCUCGACCGGAGACCAAAGUCUAAGAAGGAAGGAGACUUGUGUCCAGAACGGCUGGAGGGCAGAAUCGUUUUCCAGGAUGUCUCCUUCAGCUACCCCUCUGCUCCUGCAGACCAACCCGCUCUGAAGUCAGUCUCUCUGGAGCUGCAGCCGGGGAAGAUCACAGGCCUGGUGGGUCUCUCUGGCAACGGGAAGACUUCCUGUGUCAGCCUGCUGAAGAGGCUGUACGAACCGCAGGAGGGUCAGAUCCUGCUGGAUGGAGAACCGCUUCAUCUUUACAACAACAAGUACCUCCAUCAGAAGAUAGCCCUGGUUUCCCAGAAUCCUGUGCUGUUUUCAGGCUCCCUCAGAGACAACAUUGUUUAUGGUUUGAAGGACUGUCCUCCUGAGAGGGUUGAAGCUGUUGUAGAGAACGUCAACGCCCACAGCUUCAUUUCACAGAUGGAGAAUGGAUAUGACACGGAUGUUGGAGAAUGUGGAGGCAAACUGUCAGAGGGACAGAAGCAGAUCAUUGCCGUGGUCAGAGCUCUGGUUCGAGAUCCGCAGGUCAUCAUUCUGGAUGAAGCAACCAGCAAAUUAGACAUAGAAUCUCAGCACACGGUGCUGAAGGAAGUUCUUUCUCAGAGGCGCACGGUCCUGAUCGUGACUCAUCAGCUGAAGAUUCUGGAGAAGGCGGAUCACAUCAUCUUCUUGGAGCAGGGGUCCGUCGUCGAGGAGGGGACUCACCUGGAGCUCAUGGAAAAGAAAGGACGCUAUUACCGUUUGAAGGAGGAGCUGUUCUCUCAAAGCAGCUGAGCUGCAAACGUGGAAAUAAGAGGUUCUGCUGCAGCCUCUUUGGUCAGUCCUCUCAUGAUGCGUUCCAUCGUGAACCGAACAGAUCAGGACCAGGAUCUUAAGUGUGGCUCUAAAACCAAUCGGAUGUGUCGGAGAACAUAAACAUAUUUACCGUAUUUUCCGGACUAUAAGUCGCGUUUUUUUCUCAUUGAUUGGCCAGGGGUGCGACUUAUACUCAGAAGAGACUUAUUUAUGAUUUUUUUUUAGACAUCAAUAGGCUCAUAAAUUCGUUAUUUUCUCCACUAACAACCGAUUGGUUUUUAGCAGUUGUUUCCCACUAACAACCACUAGAGGGCGCUGUAGGUUUGUGUAUCAGUAUUUGCUGCUGACAGAAAGUGACAGAACAGUUCUGUUCAAAACAAACAUGGCUGAGAAUCUGAUCAU